UCUUAGAUCUCACGAAACUGCACGUAAGUGGAGAAAUGGGCUUUCUUGGGAAAACCCCAGUCAUCUGGAGGAAUCUGCAGCUACAUGAUGCAAGUGCCUGAGCUGAAGCGAAUCUGUUCUGCCCUGGGUAGAUCCCUACUCUGCUCCCAGCGCAGGAUGGCGUGUUGCAGAGCCAGGCAUGUCCUUGCUGCAGCAGCCGCUCUCUUCUGUGACGUUGUGGUGACAAGAAGCAUUCGUUUGCUCUUCUUGGAGCAAUGCCAUUCGUGCAACUGACCUGAAACCGUGGGCUAGGAUUGUGUAAGCUGAUCAUAAAUCCUUUUGUUGUGAGUGUGCCGUGGCAAAUGACUGCGGGGUGGGGACUCGGUGCUGCUCUAACAUCCCCACAUACAGUCUGUAUCAUGAGCUGGCACAUGCAGAACAUAAAGCCAUGUGAGCUGCUGGAUUUGUUUCAUAAGAAACAAAGAAAACCUUCAUUUCUUGGGUACCUAGCACUCUGGCCCCAUAAAACCUGGGUUACAAGGCAAAGGCAUGUGCUGACCUACAAGUAAAACUGUACCCAGGUACUUGAUCGCUCAGUAAUCCAGUUUGUUUGGUGGCCUCCUUGUUUCUGGGAAUAAAACUUCCCAUAGUCUGUCCUGUUGAACAAGGUCGGCAUGUGGGCCUGGCUGUGGUGCAGGGCCUGGAAGAUGCUUCUCUGGACAUCUCAUGCUAGACCGGUGGUAGGAAUUUCUGGGUGUUUGAGCGAUGCCAGGGGAAGGGUUUGUGCUCCACCGUGCAGCAAGUGGUGUGCAAGUCCCCCUUUCAGAGGGGAGCAGUUUAGGCACUUGAUCAGUCCAGAUUCAGCCCUCUUUCCUACUGGCUGGCUGGCUCUUCUGACUGCUGGGAAUGGCUGGACAGCACAGAGAAGUUAAUAUCCAGUGCUGGGAUCUCUGCAGUCUUCCCACAACUGACUCAGCUCCGAGAGUCUUGCUCCACAGCUGGGUGCUGACCUCGGGGGCAUUGGAAGGCUCACAUUAAAUUUCCUAUCGACUAUCCAUAUUCACCACCUACCUUCAGAUUCCUGACCAAAAUGUGGCACCCCAACAUUUAUGAGAAUGGAGAUGUAUGUAUUUCAAUUCUUCACCCACCUGUAGAUGACCCACAAAGUGGAGAGCUGCCAUCUGAGAGGUGGAACCCUACCCAAAAUGUCAGGACUAUCUUACUGAGUGUAAUCUCUUUGCUUAAUGAGCCCAACACAUUCUCUCCUGCCAAUGUGGAUGCAUCAGUCAUGUUCAGGAAAUGGAGGGACAGUAAAGGAAAAGACAAGGAGUAUGCUGAAAUCAUAAGGAAACAGGUUUUGGCUACCAAAGCCGAGGCAGAGAAGGAUGGCGUGAAGGUCCCCACUACGCUGGCAGAGUACUGCAUCAAAACUAAAGUGCCUUCCAAUGACAACAGUUCAGAUUUGCUUUACGACGACUUGUACGAUGACGACAUUGAUGACGAAGAUGAGGAGGAGGAGGAUGCCGACUGUUACGAUGACGACGAUUCUGGCAAUGAGGAGUCGUGACCUGCUCCCUCAAUGCCCCUGUACUGCCCUGCCGACUCAGGCCAGAAGGGAGCAGCGGUAACCUAGCAGCAGUCCAGCAAAAAAGUGUGGGGGGGGGAUCAAAAAAAAAACUUUUUGUCUCCUGCUGUCUCCUGUUGUAUGGAUCUGUUUGCUCCUUUUUUAUGGACCUCUUAGAGACCCUCCACAGAAUGUCUGAAUUCUUGCAUUCUUAACCCUUUCAUCACUGUAUUAUGAUUUCUUUUUAAAAAAGAAACUCCCCUUUUCACUUCUACGAAACGCUCACAGCGAAACAGGUUUGCUCGCGUUUAGAUUCUUGAAUUAAAUACAGUCUUGCAUUGAAAUGUUUAAUGUAUUUAAAGCUGGAACAAACCCAUUGGAAGCUGGGUUUUCAGGAGCUCAAGUGCUGCAUUUACUGGGAAGAAAAAAAAAAUCCACACAAAGCAAAUUGCCAAGGUUUAGCUGCUCCAUUUACAAUAAUAGCGUGUGUACAUUCGUUUAGCCUUGUGGUGGUGGUGGCUUUUCCUUUAUAAGGUGUGGGGCGGAGAGUGUAAAGCUACUGUGUGUUGAGCUUGAUGGGAUUUCACUGAAAGGUACAGUAUUCCUUUUCAGCCUGCUCAAGUUAGGAAAUAGCUGGCCCCUGGAGCCCCAGAGGGCACAAUCAGCUUUCUCUGAAAAAGGCUUGUGAUAUGAACCCUAAAAUAAACACUUAACACUUCACGUCUGUACAACUGAGCCCUGGGUUGCUAUUUAUUUUUUACUUUUUUUUUCAGACUAGGUUGGGGUUGAAAAAGUUCAGUUUAGCUGUGCUGCUGAGAUCUGCUGCCAGCUGCCCCUCUCCAGAGGGAGGAGAGCAGAUGUGCACCCUGCUGUGCAGCAGACCAGCAUUCAUCCUGAACUCCUUUUUGGCAGUGGGAGAGACCGAUAGCCUCCUGCCCCAGUGCCUGCCAGCAGCCCUUGCUUCCUGCAGCCCAAAUCCAGUGCUGGCCUGA